CAUAAGCGAACGUGUCCUAGCUUGGGAGCUAGAGGCAAUGACAGCCGGCCGCAGCACUGGUGCGCUCACACUGCAGAGCAUUUAUCCGCACGCCUGGAUUAUUGCAGGUUAUUAUGGUUUAUAUUACUGCUGGCCUCCCAAGGACUAAUACUCCUGUAGCUCUUCCUCUGGAAUACAGUGGUGGCCUCCCCCAUCAUCAUCCUCAUCACCGCGUAUACUGGGGACUAUUUGGGUAUUGGAGAGGAUCUGCAGUCAUACAAACAGCAGAAGAACGACUGCACUGCCACAAGGAGGGACGCUAUGGAAGACCACAUAGGUUGGUCAAGUCUAUAGGAUGGUAGCACACAGCAAAGUGGAAGCAGAUAAUGCAAUUUCAGACCGGAGAUCUCAACACCUGGAUGCCUCAAACUCUGAUCGUUCCCAGCUGCAGCCUGCCCGAGCCAUUCAUAACAGCCCAGGACGUCCCAUCCCUGCAACACUGCUUAGUGACACACACUUUCGUACCUUCCGCUCUCAGUCGGAUUUCACUGUCAUCACUAAGACCAGCAGCAUGCUGGAUAGCUGUGGCUUUUACUGGGGACCUAUGACAGUCAAUGUGGCCCAUGAUAAGCUAAGGCUGGAGCCAGUUGGUACUUUCCUCAUUAGGGACAGCAGACAGAAGAAUUGCUUUUUCGCCAUCAGUGUCACAACAGCCAAAGGACCUAUCAGCAUCAGAAUCCACUUUCAGGCUGGGAGAUUCAGCCUAGAUGGCAGCAAAGAGUCAUUUAACUGCAUUUUCCAGCUUGUGGAACAUUAUUUAUUGUCUCCUAAAAAGAUGCUGGUUUCUCCAUUAAGGAAGGUCCGAUUAAGACCUCUACAAGAUCUCUGUCGAAAAAGCAUAUUGGCAACAUUCGGGAGACAAAACUUGGAUAAAAUUCCUGUCAACCGGGUUUUAAAGGACUAUUUAAAGUCUUUCCCGUUUCAGAUAUAGUAAAACAGGGCAUUAACAAUAAGGAGCAAAACAGUGUUACAAAUUCAGCUUCCUGGGAUUAUUUUUUAAAUAUCUAAUUUAACAGUGGUCAAGUUUAUUUUUGUAGCAAUUUAACUGUAUUUUGAGAUGAAACUUGAACAUUUGCCUUUUAAUGUUUACAAAACCAAAGUAUUUGCACAAACCAAAAGGGGUCACCCCCUUUUUAAAAAAUUAUUUCUGCUGUGCAGAUUUGUCUUAUUAUUACAUUUUCCAAGUAAUAAAAUUUAUUAUAAUAUUUACAAAAACAA